UUGCGGUACGCCGCAGAAUCCGUGCUAAGCGCAAGCAGCCGUCGAAGCUGGUUCCGUCAGUCCGUGAGGCAGCCUCUUUGCUGUGGGAAUGGUAUACGGGAGCCCCAGAAACAAGCUGUGCUUCUCAGCAGCCGCCGGGGCAGCGCAGCGGACUUUUCUCUCCUCCUGCUCCUCAACAGCCGUUAUGCCUUAACAAGGGGCUCCAGGGGUGGUGAGGAAGGCGCAUGGGAGGGAGGCACCAUGAGCUCAGCCGGACUGCAGGUGGUCUUGCUAUCCCAGACUACAGAAAGAAGGGACAGGUGCUGUAACUGUGUUUCAGAAAUUAAGAAGCCACCAGUGGCCCCAAAACCAAAAUUUGUGGUAGGACACAAAGUAGUCCCACCACCAGUGGCACCAAAACCAGAUGUUGUUCUUGCUGAUAUCUUGCAACCCACAAAGAAAACAAAACCAGCAAUAGCACCAAAACCAAAGGUCCUCAAAAGCACAUCUGUUGCUGAGGUUAAAACUGCACCAUUGUCUUUGAGGAAAAGUUCUAAGAGUUUAGAGGAGCACAAAAGGGACUCUUCUGAGUACUUUGUUCAUUUGGAUUACACAAAUGGAGGCCGAAGAGACAAUGCUGCUUAUAUUAUAUCAGUAUGUUCAUGCAAUUUUGAAUGUAUUCAUAAAUUUGGGAAUGGAGAGAAGACCUGCAAAAAUGCAACCAUUUUUGAACAGUUGGAAAACCUAGAGAACAUUGAUAUGGGUGAACAACCAUCAUCCUCAAUGAAAACUAAGAUGAUAUUUGAUAACCAUAAUGAAAAAAAUAAAAAUAGGGUUGUCUUAAAGGCUAAUUUCCUAGAGGAAAAACUCAAAGACGUUCUCACCCAAAGUAACAGUUUUUUGAUGCAGAAGCCUUUGAAUCCAGUUGGAAAAGAAAACAUUAGUGGUUCUAACAAUGACAUUAAUUUAGCAUUAGCAGACCUUGUGCCUGCUUCAUCUGAUUUUGAGGAUGUUAUGAACCAUCCAGAUAACCAUACAAAAAUAGCUAGUGUUGAAUCUGAAAUGACAGAAGCUCCUUUUUUGACUGAAAACAUCAACAGUUGCUGCUUCUCACUUGAUCCAACAACUUUGGAAAAAGUGGAUAGUGAUGAUUUGUCUACAGGCACUAACAAAAAAGAGGGUGAUGAAUCGUUGUCUUCAUCUGGAAUGCACUGUACUUUAAAUAAAUCUUUCCCAAUUCCAAAACCAAGAAAAUUACGUGCUCCUUGUCUAGUCCGCCAAGAUGGCAUAGAUAUGCCAGGAGAAGGACUGAAAGAACUCAUAGCUUCAGAGUGCAGUUCUGCUGUGUUUUCUGAGUGCAGUGCUAGAAAAGCAGCAAAAAUUAGUGUUCUUCAAAGUAUAUCGUAUAAAAAUGAAGAAGUUACGCAUGCAGCUGAAAAAUCAGACAUAGCUUCACAUUCUGCUGGAAAAAUGCAUCUACAAAAGGACUCUGCUGAUACCAAAGAACAAAACCACUUGCCUGAGGUUCUACAUGAAAGCUCUUGCCAUACAGAAAGCACUGAAGGUUCUUUGGAAUGUAAUGAAAUAAAUCCUUCUGCUGAUAUAAUGGAAGAUGCCAGUAUGUUGGUUGCUAAUAACAAUGAAGCUAGCUUUAUAAGAUGUAGUAAUCUUUCUAUGAGUUUGCCUAAACAAAUAAAGUUAUCAUGCAAUCAGCAUUUGCCUGCCUUUGAGAACCUUCAUGAAUCUAUACAAAAGAAGGAGGAUACAGAUGCCAGCUUAAAAGGCAAAAGUUCUCCUAGAAACAUUCCUAAAAAACCUCAAAGGCACAGCAUCCCUGCAGCUGGACUAUUGAAAAAAGCUGCAUCAGCAGAACUUUUAGAGAGGAGUGUUUACCUUUCCAAUGAAGAGAAACUUUCAGGAUCUCCUUUGGAGGGGCCUCAUAUAAGGCAUGUGUCAACCAAAGAACAAAGUUCUUUGCUACUCUGUGAUACUCCAAAAUCAUGUUUGGAGAAACCUGUUUGGAAAUUACCUCAUCCUAUUCUUCCAUUUUCAGGCAAACCAGAAGCCUUAAAAAACACCAAGAAUGCAAAAAACUCUGAACUUCCAGGUGUUGUGACAAAACCCCGAGCCAAAUCCUUGUCUUCAGUGGAUACAGUGAGAAUACACAAGCCACCAAAAGAGCCUCAAAAGAAAAAUUCAUUAAAGAAAUUCUUAAAUAUGAAACUUUCUGUUUCCAUAAUGAAAAGUGACUUCCAGAAAUUUUUGACCAAAGGCAGCCAAUCAACAGAUGAUGCUACUGUUACUUUUUCUAGCACAGAAGGACCUAGCAAAAAUCAUAAUGUAUCCAGUAUAACAAGUGGAAGAAAAAAUAAGCCUUCAAAGGCACAUUCUGCAGAAAUGGGUGGCUUAUCCUCGCAAAAGGAAAAGCAAAGAUUCAAGCAUCAGGAUGAAAUGAAAAACAACCAGAGAUCAAAGUCUUUAGAUGAACAAAACCUCACAUCACAAGGACACUUGAAUUCUCCCACACAUGACUGCAUACCAGAAUAUGAAAAUGUGAGCCAUUAUGAAGAAAUCCCAGAUUAUGAGAAUCUACCUUUUGCAUCCAUUGACAAAAACCCUUGUUUUGAGUGGCACAGUUCCAGGAGUCUUGAAGACCAUGAUGCAAAUGUAUAUGAGGUGGAAGACCUGUAUGAACCUACAAGGAGCUGUUCAGAAUUUGGCAGGUCCUCAGCAGCAGAACUUGAUGUUUCUGAUUUGGUGCUGGAACAUGUACAUUCGGAUGAUGAAAUAAUGCCGAGAGAUAUGAAUAGCUCUGAUGAAGAUGAUGAUACCAAUUCAGACUCCAGCAAGGGAGAGUUGGAUACACAAGAAAACAAGCAGAUUAAAGCAGCUGGGAAGAAAUCAAAGGUAUACCAUAUUGCUAAAGAAAUCAUGAGCUCAGAGAAAGUGUUUGUAGAUGUGCUAAAGCUCCUACACAUUGAUUUCCGGGAUUCUGUGGCACAUGCUUCCAGGCAGCUUGGAAAGCCAGUAAUUGAAGACAGAAUCCUGAAUCAGAUCCUGUACUACUUACCUCAGCUGUAUGAACUCAACCGGGAUCUUUUGAGAGAGCUAGAAGAACGGCUGUCUCACUGGAUUGACCAUCAGAGAAUUGCUGAUAUAUUUGUGAAAAAGGGACCUUACCUAAAAAUGUAUUCCACUUACAUCAAAGAAUUUGAUAGGAAUGUAGCCCUCCUACAUGAACAAUGUAAAAAGAACCCUGGGUUUGCAGCUGUUGUUCGCGAUUUUGAGAUGAGUCCUCGCUGUGCCAGCUUGGCACUGAAGCACUACUUGCUGAAGCCAGUUCAGAGGAUCCCCCAGUACAGGCUGCUCUUGACAGAUUAUUUGAAGAACCUUUUAGAAGAUUCUGCUGACUUCAAAGAUACUCAGGAUGCUCUUGCGGUUGUCAUAGAGGUGGCCAACCAUGCCAAUGACAUUAUGAAACAAGGAGAUAACUUUCAAAAACUUAUACAUAUACAAUACAGUUUAAGUGGUCACCACGAGAUUGUACAGCCAGGGCGGAUCUUUUUGAAAGAAGGAACACUGAUGAAACUGUCCAGGAAAGUUAUGCAGCCACGAAUGUUUUUUUUGUUUAAUGAUACUCUGUUGUAUACAACACCUAUGCAGUCUGGAAUGUAUAAACUGAACAACAUGCUGUCAUUGGCUGGAAUGAAAGUUAGAAAACCAACCUAUGAAGCUUACCAAAAUGAAUUGAACAUAGAAAGUGUAGAACGAUCCUUCAUCCUGUCAGCAAGUUCUGCCACAGAAAGAGAUGAAUGGUUAGAAGCUAUCUCCAGGUCAAUUGAAGACUAUACAAAGAAGCGAAUCACUUUUAACCCUAGUAAAAGUCUGGAAGAAGCAGAUCUAGAGAAAGAAGAAGAAGAUACACCUAUAGGGUCAAAGGCUCCAAUAUGGAUUCCUGAUACUAGAGCUACCAUGUGCAUGAUUUGUACUAGCGAGUUCACACUGACAUGGAGAAGACACCACUGCCGAGCAUGUGGAAAGAUAAUCUGUCAAGCUUGUUCAUCAAAUAAGCAUGCAUUAGACUACAUGAAAAAUCACCCAGCAAGAGUAUGUGAUUAUUGCUUUAAAGAACUACAAAAACAGGAUAAUCUGUGCACUUCUAAAAAUGAAUUUCCAGUAAACCAUAGAUCUCCAUCUAGUGCCUUGUCUACAGUGUUGCACAGUAUCCCAUCAGGAAGAAAGCAGAAAAAAAUUCCAGCUGCCCUUAAGGAAGUGUCAGCCAGUAUAGAAGAUUCUUCAAUGAGUGGCUAUUUGUACAGAUCAAAGGGCAGCAAAAAACCAUGGAAACAUCUGUGGUUUGUGAUAAAAAAUAAAGUGCUAUACACAUAUGCUGCCAGUGAGGAUGUAGCUGCUUUGGAGAGCCAACCUUUAUUGGGGUUUACAGUUGCUGCAGUCAAAGAUGAACACUUAGAAUCUAAAGUUUUCCAUUUGUUGCACAAAAAUACUUUAUUUUAUGUAUUCAAAGCAGAUGAGCCCCAAACAGCACAAAAAUGGAUAGAAGCUUUUCAAGAAGCCACAAUACUAUAGCAUGGAUAUAUAUUGAAAAAACUGUCCAGCAACAAAGUGAACACUACAGUGCUGCUUAUUGAAGAGUAGCUGAAUUUUGCAAACAUCGACUUCAACAAAACUGCUUAUGAAACCCUGCCUCUGUUUUCUAGGCAUAAUGAUUUUUCAAGAAAUGUGUAUAUUCGUCUUUUUGUCAUACAAAAAGUAUUAUUUAUUAAGCUCUGCCACUGUUUUACGUUAUGGUCAGAACCAUUUCUGAAAUUCACAUUGAAUUCCAAAGUUCCUUGACCUUAGAUAAUAUUGUUUGUUGGGAGGCUGUAAACAAACCAUUGCUCUUUGGUUUGCUGCAGUAUUGUCAUAGGUGCACUUAAAUUACUCAUAUUUACUUCAGUACAUUUAUGUAUGUUCUUUACUGAAUUCUGAAUGCUUCUAUGGGAUAUGGUUCUGCUUAUGUUAAUGGAAUCUUUUUGAAAUGGAAUGGAAUACAUCAGCAUAUACAGACUGUGAAAAUUUCCCCUUAGCAUCUUGCAUCAAAAGAAGUAUAGAAGUAGAACUGUAAUCAAGAAGCAAGCAAGCAUUUUAUUAUGGAUCUGUUUUUAGUUUUUUAAGAAAAACUGAAGAGAUAAUCAUUCUGCUCUUCCUGAAACCACAUAUGAUAUCAAAACAUAAAUGCCAAAAAGAUUUAAAAGUGAGUAUGCUACUCUUUUUCAAGUAUGGCAAAAGCAUAUUUUAUCAUAAGUAUUUUUCAGUUAUAUAUAUUGCCAUGAGAACUAAUAUGUAGAAUAUGAUAAUGUCUUGAAAAUAAAUAUACAUUGUAUGAUUUUAAUAAAAGCUGCGACUGGAAUA